AUGAGCGCGCGGGCACGUUUUCGGCAGUCCGCCGAGGCGUCCGCGGACUUCACCCGGCUGAAUACCCUCGCCGCCAGCGCCCCGCGCGGCGGCUCCAUAUCUCAGGCUCCUUGGGCCAUCUUCCUGAGCGUGGUGUGUGCAUCUGGCCUGUCCCCGCACGCUCAGACCUGGGGACGCCUUCAUGAGGCGACGCAGGGCAUCUUGCUGGGUCCCAGCAGCCAAUUGCAGAGCUUCGGCCACAGCUGCGACGAAGAGUGCCGCAGGGCUGCGCAGGGCUGGGCCCGAGGUCGUGAGGAAGCUCCGAGCCUCUUCCAAGUGGGCUCGUCGAUGCAGCCCGGCAAGAGCGUGGACACCGAGACAGGAGCGACGCCUUGA